CACGCCGCAACGCGUGUCCUUCUUCAAUCGCGCAAUGCGCCACAAACAUUAGGAUUUUGCAAAAUGCCUGCUCCUGCGGGGUCGUCAACCCGGCGGAACACCCCAAUUACCCAGUCUCCAGGCAUCUUGGGAGCUGCAGCGCGCUUCUGGGAGCGCUCAUAUGCGUCCGACUAUGUCGGUCUCGCUAUCCUGAUCGCGGGGUGGUUAGUGCUGCAAUUGCACGGCGAGCCCUUCCACCGCAUGUUCUCCCUCGACAACCUAUCCAUUCAAUACCCACAUGCUGAGGUGGAGCGUGUAUCAGUCACAUGGCUCUUUGUAUACGCAGGUGCUGUGCCGCUCGGCACCCUCGUAGCUUGGGCCCUGGUUGUCCGCCCUGGCACGCACAAAGCACAUGUCACCAUCCUCGGAUGGUUCAUCUCACUGAUCCUUACACUCUUUAUCACCGACCUCAUCAAGAACGCUGUCGGGCGGCCACGACCCGACCUCAUCGCAAGAUGCAAGCCUGAGCCAGGCACGCCGGACCACCAGCUCGUUACAUACAAGGUCUGCACAGAGCAAGACCAUCACGUACUUCAUGAUGGAUGGCGCAGUUUUCCAUCGGGACAUAGCAGCUUCGCAUUCAGUGGGCUGGGCUACCUGGCGCUCUUUCUGGCCGGCCAAUGCCAUGUCUUCAGGCCGCGAACUGACCUCGCGCGCAUGCUACUUGCGCUUGCGCCUCUGCUAGGUGCUGCACUCAUUGCCAUCUCGCGAUGCGAAGAUUACCGACACGAUGUAUACGACGUCACCACCGGCUCUUUGCUGGGUAUCUUGGUCGCCUAUUACACGUACAGGAGGUACUUUCCGCCGUUGAGACACGGCAAGUGCGCAACGCCGUAUCCAAAUCCUGGAGAUUCUACGACAGGCUUCAACAAGCUCAAAGAUGAGGAAGAGCGAAUUGGUGGUGCGGGCGAAUUUGAAUUGGAGGAUAUUGACGAAGGAGAUGAAGAGGGUGAAACUAGGCCACUAAACAAUAGGAGAUGAAUUAAUACGUUGCGCCCUAGAUUUAAUGUAUGACCCUAAAUUUCCC